AUGAUAUGACAAGCAAACGUCUUUUAGUGGUGAGCAAUUCGAAUAAAUAAAAAAAACAAUUAAAAAAUCUAGUAGCAGCGACCCAAGACCACAUGGAUUUCCUACAAGAACAUCUCAGUCAAAAUUUUCAGAUCGAAACAGCAACAUUUGGAUUCCGUUUAAAAUUAAAAUAAGAAGACGAAGAAAGAAAAAAAAACAAUGGACCAAUUUUUCGAAAAACUACAGAAAGACGGAAAGAACAGCGUCGACAACAUUAUCAAAUGGAUGAAAGAUUCUAAAAUAAUAGAUGAAGUGAAAGCUUCCGAGGAGAAGGCGCGAAAGUUGUUCGAAGGCGUUCCGGAUAUCAACAAUAUAGACAUAAAUAAAUUGAAAGAGGUUAUCAACAAAAUGGCCGCCGAACAGAAGAAAAACGUUGAAGAGUUGACCACCAUGCUCGAGAAGCAGCCGCCUAAGGUUUUGGACGCACUGCAGGCCGGAGCUAGUGCUUUUAAGGCAGCUUUAGAGAAAAAAUAGCCUUAUCAACACCACGUCAAGACCUAAUUUUCAUCGUCAGCCACCAAUAAAUUUAACAUAGCAUUCAAAGAAAAUUAAAUGGUAUAUUAUAAAUUAAA